UACAAUUCUACCAACAAUUCUGCGCAAGCCAACAGAAUUUUACUAUUGCCGAACGAAAAACGCAACGCAAUGUGACAGUCGGACACUCGCAACAGCCCGCGCCUGGCUGCAAUGAGACCGUUGCUGCUGCCGUCACCGCGACACGCGUGGCAAAUCCAUGUCAAUUCAGUACAUUCAAGUCGACCAUGCCGGGUAGUAGAGCGGCGCCGCCACCACCGCCAGACGUAGCGGCUUCUCUAGACCUGACCAGUCUCAAUUUAGGACGUAGCCGCGAAUUAGGCCCCAAUCGUACUGCCGAUUUAAAUCCCGCGACUACGUCGCGUGACUAUUAUCAGCCGAUGAUGAGUAGAACGCGCGAGAGGAGUCCGAACACGGCGUCCCGUCAGCUCGAUAAGCAGAGUUAUUUUUUUCAUGGGCAUAAAACUGAGAAAGACAUAGAUCGCGAGGUCGUGAUGUUUGAGGAUCUAGGGACAGGUGGUUCAAACUGCAUUCGCCGGGUGACGGAUGACAGGGAUGAUGCCGCGGCGAUCUCAGGCGGCUCGAUGAAUUGCUUUGGUGGCCCGGAUAAAGAGAAGGACUAUGACGACCACAACGGUGACAAAAAGCUCAAAGGUUCAACGAUAGGCGGUGCGCGACGUCUCACUACGGCUUACGAGACGCGUCGCGAUUCGGGAAACAUCGAAUUCCUCGAAAAGGAGGGUGAGAUUUUUAAGAAGAGCAGUACCGAGUUGUUGCAGGAAGCUUUCACUAACAAGCGCAGAAAUUUCUCUUUUCAUAACAAGGAAAAAACGCAUAGGAGCUUAGAAUCGCUCGAGAGGAGCGUUGAUCUACCCACCGCUGAUUGUAAGAGUCUGGAUCUUCUGCCGGAAGAAUGGCCGAAAACCUUCUUUCACGGUAAACAGAGGAGUCUCGAUUCGACGAAAAAGUCCGUCGAAUUAAUAGCAGCAAGCAAAGCGCGCAAGCGGCCCAGUUUCUUCCAACGAGUCGGUAGAAGUCUGCAUUUUUUACCCAGGGAGCGCGAGAAACGUCAAGACCUCUUGAAACGAGAAGAGUGCCCGAUCAACAGCCAGUAUCCUCAGACUGAUCAGGAGAAGUGCGAAUAUUUUUUACAGAAGCACCAGAAGGACGUUGAUUUUUUUGAACGUGCAUCAAGCGCGCUAUCUAAUCGUGCUCCCGUCCAACCUAAUCUCGGUUCUUUUGCUGAGGCAGACAAUAUCAUUGUACAAAAAUCUAUCGGUUGUCCCAAAGACGCGCAGCUCGAGGAGAGUACGUUUCGUGUAGCAGCAAAUUCGAAUAAUUUUUUAAACAUCAAUACCGCGGAAAGGAAUAUAAGACAAAAUAAUCUGGGCACGAGCAAACCGUCAUCAAUGCGAUCCGAUAGUCCUACUAAUGCUGCCGAACUGGUGCAAUUGAGAUUUCUGGAUCCCGUGGCGAGUGUCGCCACGCAAGAGACUAUGAGCGGCAAUAAAGACAGCUUAGAGAUCGGAUACUCUAUUAGCCAACUUGGCAGACUGUACUUACAGAAUCUGCAACACAUAGGUCGUAAGGACGGUUUGCAAUCUCUGGAGAACGCUAUCGAAGCGGAGAAACAUGAACGCUAUAUAGAAUGGAUAACCAGAGACGAUCUGGACGCACUGAGCCAUGGUACGAAUUCCAGUGAUUCUCUGGCUCAUGGUAAACCGCAGGGUAACCUGGAUAUUCUUAAGGGUAUUCUUCUCGACAUUUUCGUUUGUAUUUGCAUUUAAAAGCAGAUCUUUUGGGAUCUCUGAAAAAAACAAACGCAGCCUCUUACAUCACGUACCGAGCGAUCUCUUAUAUAUUCUCGUGCGUAGAACUAUGCCAAGAUUUCGAUAGUCACUCUAGAAGUAAAAUAUUUUCUACGAAAAAGUAAUUUUCAUACUGGAUAUUUUGCG